ACCAACUUCCGUCGUCUUCUCGGACCGCGAUUUUCCCGCCUUCGGCGGGCAAAGUUUUUCAAAAUUGCGUUAAAAAUUACGAAAUGCAACUUGCUCAUCUACCAACGUUCGCUGUCCUACUACCGUUAUGUAUAUGCGGCAAUCGAGAUCCUCUUCUCAACGCAACGACAAAUACGGGGAUGUCAACGUCGACAAGAGACGUGAGAGGUAUUAUGAAUGACAUCGUUUCGAGAAAUAUUACCAUGGUUCUAGAAAACCUCUUAAAGAACUAUGAAAACAGCCAACUGCCCACUCACGGGAAAGGAGUCCCCACAGUCGUGAGGACAAAUAUUCUUAUAAGAAGCAUGGGUCCAAUAUCGGAACUCGAUAUGGAUUAUUCUAUGGACUGUUACUUUCGACAAUACUGGAGAGACUCUCGCCUGAGCUUCCUUGGACCGAUCAAAUCUUUAAGUCUUAGCAUCAAGAUGCUGGAAAGGAUUUGGAGACCGGACACUUACUUUUACAAUGGGAAGCAAAGCUACGUUCACACCAUCACAGUGCCCAAUAAGCUGCUUAGAAUUUCUCAGGAUGGUGACAUUCUUUAUUCGAUGAGACUGACAAUAAAGGCGAAAUGUCCGAUGGAGUUAAGAAACUUCCCAAUGGAUCGACAGUUCUGCCCAUUGAUCCUAGGAAGCUACGCAUACACAUCCAGCGAGUUGGUCUACGAGUGGCAAGAAGGCUCAUCCGUCAAUUUUCUUCCCGGUAUGGUAUUAUCUCAAUUUGAUUUGAUGGGCUCACCCUAUCGAAACCUGACAUUCGUACGUCGAGAGGGAGAAUUUUCAGUCCUUCAAGUGUCCUUUAAUCUUCAAAGGCAUACUGGCUACUUCCUUAUUCAGGUUUACGUUCCUUGUGUUUUAAUCGUCGUUCUAAGUUGGGUGUCCUUCUGGAUUCAUAGAGAAGCGACAAGCGAUCGAGUUGGGCUAGGAAUCACAACGGUUCUCACACUUUCAACAAUAAGUCUUGACGCCAGAACAGAUCUUCCGAAAGUUAAAUAUGCGACAGCCCUCGAUUGGUUUUUGCUUGCUUGCUUUUUCUACUGCAUCGCUACACUUUUGGAAUUUGCGGGAGUGCAUUACUUUACAAAGGUUGGUAGUGGCGAAAUCCCGCUGGAUGAAGAAGAGUGGGAGGAGUGGGAGAAGGCAACCAACGGGGUUUGCGAUACAUUUUGUACAAUCUCAGCCUGCAGCCCCCAAGCCGUCCACCCAGAAAGCAAUGCCUCCAGAAGACGAAAUUCGCUACUCUGUACGAUUUACAACGAUCCAUCUGGAUUACAAGGAUCAAAACGUUCUACGCCAGUUUCAGUGAGUAGUAAACCCUCGACAAUGGAAAGACAAACACAAACGGAGUUCCGUAUGCCCAAAUGGCGGCAGUUUCUUCAUUGCCUUGCAGGGGAUGAUGCAUUUAGGCGUCGGAGGCAAAGAGAAGCAGCCAUUGAGAUUCGAAAGCAUGGAAAGAGAAUCGAGAGACACAUAAAUAGCGUUUCCCACAUCGAUAGGGUUGCUCGAGUUGUAUUUCCGGCGUCCUUCACUUUUUUGAAUGUUUGUUACUGGGUCGUUUAUGUAACCUACCAGCAAGAAUUCAAGUGGCAAGAUCCACCGAUCGGAACGACGUCACAUUAA